AUGUUAAUAGCGGUGGCGAUGGUUGUGAUUUUGGUCAUGAUAAUGGUGGUGGUGAGAAAGAAUGAUAGUUAUUAUAAUGAUGACGAUGAUAGUGGUGGUGAUGAUGAUGACGGCCAGGUAAGUGAUGGUGGUGACCGGGUAAUGGUAAAAGUGAUGCUGAUGAUGCUUACGAUGCUGAUGAUGAUGAGCAGGACGAGGAUCAUGCAGGAUGGUGAUGAUGAUGAUGAGUCUAACCCUUUUGUUCUGAAUUCUUAUCUCAGCAGAGGACAUCGUGGUAGUAACGACAAACGGCUCCCAAAUAAAACGAACUGAGCCAAUAUCACAACUAAAGGAGGAUAUUUCUGAAUUUUACGAAUGUUUUAAGAAAAAGUAUCUGACUUUACGCCACAAACAUAUAAAGGAACAUAAAGAGCUUAGAAGAUUGAAUGAUGACAAAUAUGGAACAGGCAAGCGGCAAUUUGUGUUUUUUUAAUUAUUAUUAUUAUUGUAACGUCGUUCGAUUAUUUAUUGAGACAAAAGAUAGUGUAUUUAUAAGUAGAAAAUCUUAACGGUAUGUAUAUAACUGGGAAUAGUUAAGUUCGGUUUAAUUAUAUAUAGGUUGAUUUAAUCGAAAGGCAAAAAAAAAUUAGUGGUUUUGAAUUGCGCUUGACAUCAGGAAACGUUCUGAAUUCAAUUUUAACUGCAUAUAUAAAAUUUUUAAAAAAGCAAUUCUCUGCCAGUGUAUUUCCUAAGAAACGAGAGUCAAUUCACGACAUCUCUUAAAACUGAUUACAGUGUUAAAUUAUACAGAGGAAGACUACCUAUUUAGCAAAAAGUUUUGAACCUAGUUUGAGGAUUACAAAUUUCAUAUUAAAUUAAUUAUUUAUAUUUCUUAUACACUUUCUUUCCACCAGGAUCCAAUGUAAUCAAGAGCCUAGCGGAAUUUACUGCAAGUAAGUUGACUGUGCAACAUUCAUGAGUUUCUUGGUAUAAGACCACUUUCAACUUUUUCGCACCUAACCGUUAGUUAAGUAACUUGUCCUUAGUAAUUAAAUAGUCACAACUCCAGUACUAUUACACAUGAAGCCCUUUCACUCACUUCUCUGUAAAACCAAUGUUGACCAAAAACAUGUUAUCGUAAAAUUUUUAAGACUCUAUUUAUGCUGAUAUUGCCCAUCUUAAUUCCCCAGCUUUUCUUUAAAAGAAACCUCUGCAAGAUAAAUAAUUUCUAAUUGCUUCCUUUUUCAUGUAGGUCGCAGGGGGCAGUACCAGGUGACUAAAGAUGCUGAUGUUAACUCAAUAUUUGAAGGAAUGGACCUGAGCAUGUUCGACAAAAGGAACAGCAAAAGAUGGCGCUUCUAG